AUGUCUGUGUUGGCCCUCGGUGCGUGGAAUCAUAUAUCAGCCAGCAUUGGGUCCAGCGGUGGAUCGGCCGGGUCGUGUGGGUCGGCGAUGGGAUCCACACGGGCGAUCGACGGCAAAGGAUCGUCCCGCGCCAUAGGGAAGCUUGGAAACCCCAAUGGCGGCGUCGAUGCGUUUGGUCCUGACAAGUACGUGUUGGGAAUUUCCUCUGGCCUGUCAUGCUUCUUGGGCUGUCGCUCACUGCGGGAUCGUCGACUGAACACUCAGGGUACCAGAUUGAGUAAACAGGUGGAGCAGAGUAUUUGA